AUGUGUGCCCGGCUGGCCUUGGUUUCCCUGGCGCUCUCGCGUAAUGCUGACGCGGAGCCGCCCCAGUCGGAGGUGCUGGGGUUACUGACAACCACCGCAGUGCCCCACACGCCGGAGGUGCCCUCCUUCCACAACGCCUCCUGGGGCUCGCCGGUGCCGAACCCCCUGGCCAUCUCCAGCCCCUUCGGCCCCCGCUGGAAGAUGGCGGAUGCCCGUUACGACUUCCACCGGGGCAUCGACUAUUUCGAUGCCGAGGACACAGAGCUGUACGCCAUCGCGGACGGCGUGGUCUUCGACCAGCGGACGUUUUACGCUGGGGGCACCACCACCAUCGUGGAGCACCCGCUGUGGAAUCCCACGGGGGCCAUGUUCCACGACCGGGUGAUCAACAAGGUCUUCGUGUACUACCAUCACAUGAACAAUCAGUCCACUACGGUGGGUCAGGCCGUGCAGAAGGGGCAAGUGAUUGGCACCAUGGGGCAGACGGGCACCACGACCUUCACGCACCUGCACUUCACCACUCGGCUGGUUGGCUACUGCACGCUCCAGUAUCAGGUGGAGAAUAAUCGCGAGCCCUCGGAGUCUUCGGAGUGUGCCACCGGCUUCGACCCUGCGGUGCAUCCGUACCUCUUUGUGGGCGCGGAGGCUCGCUCCGGGCCGAGGGAGCUCCACCAGGUGGCGCCCAAGAACGCGUCCUUCGGCUUCGCGGUGCGGUACAAAGCCACGCGCGGGCGCUUGGAUCUGGACGUGGUGGAGACGAACUUUGGGAAGGUGUCCUUCAACACGCGGGAAGGCGUCUGGGGCAAGGACACCUUGGAGGGGCUGGAUGAUUUGGACAACCUCAGUAGCUGGAUGGCCUUCAAUCCGGGGAUCUUUCAGAGUACCACGGAGGAGGAGAUUUACUACGAGAUGCACUUUUACCAAGCGUCCUGGUAUCUGAACUACUCAGACAAUUUGUCGGAGCAUGCGGCGGAAGGCCACUGGGCCGAGGACAAGCAAUAUGUGAUGUCUUGGCACCCCCACGGUGCCUUCGCCAUCGCCGGGCUCUACUUUGUCUCGCACUACUGGGCGAGGGACUUCCCUGGUGAGCGGCGCGGGAAGCAGUUCGUGAGUGUUGCCCCACUGCUGCUGCGGGUGCCCUUCCUGGCCGAGUAUUUGCUCCUUUGCCACGCGCGGUUUCAAGAUCGCAAGACCUUCCAAAAGCUGCUUGGACAAGGUGCUACAGUGGCUGUGCAGCCCGGUGGCAUCUAUGAGCAGGUGGCCACGGAUGAGAACAAGGAGCAGCUGUUCUUCCCGGCGAACCUGGGCUUCAUCAGGUUGGCGAUCCAGCAUGGGGUGCCCCUGUUGCCCGUGUACUGCUUUGGAGAGAAUCAGCUCUUCAGGACGGCCAAGUGGGUCAAGAGCAUCAACAGUUUCUUCUACAAGCACUUCAAGAUCGGCAACCUCAUAAUUCUCGGCCUGGGCGGCAUUCCAGCGUCACCGCUGCUCCCCAAUCCGCUGCUCAUGCCGGUGCCCGGGCGCCGCUUGCACAUCCAGUUUGGGAAGCCAGUGGAGGUGGGGCCAAAGGAGGCAGAGCCCAGCCAGGAGCGAGUGGAGGAGGUCUUUGUCCGCUACUCUGCGGCGCUGCAAGAGAUCUUCAAGGAGUGCGCGCCGAAGUACCUGCCCAAAGAGGUGGCCGAGAGGGGGCUGGAGAUCACUCUGCGGGGCAAGAGCUAG